AUGCAGGUCAAAAUCUGCGUGGUGCUGCGCUGCGGCGGGAAACGCGUGGCCCGCGCUGACCUGGGAGAGUUUCUCGGCCAGCUGCUGCGGGGCGGACGCCUUGACUCUUUCUUCCUGUACAUACACGAAGAAAAAGUCGCCCUCCUGCAGGCCAAUCAGCCAGUAUUCUCCGUUGAGGAUGAUGAUGAUAUCGACGAACUGGAAGACAGUAAUGAAGACAAUUAUAAGGAAUGGGAGGCUUACCUCGAAAAGGUAUUCUCCGUUGAGGAUGAUGAUGAUAUCGACGAACUGGAAGACAGUAAUGAAGACAAUUAUAAGGAAUGGGAGGCUUACCUCGAAAAGGUAUUCUCCGUUGAGGAUGAUGGUGAUGCAGACGAGGUGACCUCCGAGUUGCGGGAAGCCUCCGAUGCAGGGAAUGAAGGAGCAGACGAGGUGACCUCCGAGUUGCGGGAAGCCUCCGAUGCAGGGAAUGAAGAAGCAGACGAGGUGACCUCCGAGUUGCGGGAAGCCUCCGAUGCAGGGAAUGAAGGAGCAGACGAGGUGACCUCCGAGUUGCGGGAAGCCUCCGAUGCAGGGAAUGAAGGAGCAGACGAGGUGACCUCCGAGUUGCGGGAAGCCUCCGAUGCAGGGAAUGAAGGAGCAGACGAGGUGACCUCCGAGUUGCGGGAAGCCUCCGAUGCAGGGAAUGAAGCAGCACGCGAAGCGACGUCCGCAGACCAGGAAGUUCCCCAUCAAGGCGAGUCCUCUGCACCAGUGGCCGUCUCUGCCACCCCCGCCACUGCCUCUCACGCUUACCGCAGCCUGGCUGUGCCUCAGAGAUUCAUCAGCCGCCUUGCAGGCCCCGAGGACCGCCACCUCGAGGAUCUGCGGCGGAGCUGUGGGGUACAAAUCACGCGGAUUAAGCGGACCCUUCAUGUGAAGGGCCACAGAGACUCAGUUCUGCAGUGCCACAACUUCAUGCGUGCCAAAAUAGCAGAGUGGCGGAGGUGCGAGGCCGCUGAGGCUCAUUAAGCGACCUACAGACACCUGGGACGGUCCGGUAACAAUGCUGGUGACCUGACGCCUGACGGAGAACAUUAAGCUGCAGACGAGGUGACCCCCGAGUUGCGGGAAGCCUCUGUGAAGGAAAAGGUGCUGGCGAAGAGGUGACCCCCGAGUUGCGGGAAGCCUCUGUGAAGGAAAAGGUGCUGGCGAAGAGGUGACCCCCGAGUUGCGGGAAGCCUCUGGUGUAUAUAUCUUAUCUUAUUGUUUCUUAUUAUCUAGACGUUAUGUAACUGUUGUACUUGUCAGCCAUUGCACUUCCGUUACUGUUGUAUCAGUAAUGGUAAUAAUGAUAGAAAAAUUUCUACUAUACUACUGCUGCUACUACUACUACUACUACUGCUA